AUGACAAGGGGAAGAGGCAUUAAACGCUGUUGGGGAGGCCGUGGGGGCAUAACUAACAAAGGAGGAAGAGGCUGCAAGAUGACACUAGGCACUUCUCAAAAGGAUGUUAGUGAAUCAUCAAUUCCUACAUCUCAACAAGUUGGUUUAAACCAGUGUAUUGUCUCAUCACAUGAAAGUAGUUCUCAACAGAUUGUAAAUACAUCUCAAGAAGCCAAUGCUCAACAAAUAACUAUUCCUGAAAAUGUUGGUGGUCAACAAGAAGCUUAUACUUCUUUGGAUGUUGGACGACAAGAAACACCUUUCUCUCAGAAUGUUGGUGCUCAACAAGAAACUCCAACUCAAGAUGUUUCUCCUGAACAAACACCCGCAUCUUUUGAAAGGAGUAAUCCACAGGUCAGACAAGAUACACUUGGUGGCAUGAAAUCCUUAAGAGUAAAUGGAGAUACAUUCUGCCCACAUGAGGCUAUUCGGGAUGUGGUGUUAUCCUUUAAAAAAAGCUUCUCUGGACCAUGGCAUUGUUGGAGCAAAGUUCCAGAGCAUGUACGAGACAAAUGGUUUAAUGAUUUUGAGGUAUCUAUACCUGAACAAGAAUCUGCGAAUUUAACUUAA